AUGCCCGACAUCUCCGUCGGCGCGCAGAUUUUCGACAUCGCCUUCCACCCGACCGCGCCCGUGGCGUACGCGGGGCUGCUCACGGGCGAGGUCGCGGCGUACGGGUACGACGACGAGGGUCAGGAUGCGCCCGCACGCAGGUUCCGCGUACGCCCCAGCAAGCGGUCCUGCCGCGGUCUCGCGAUGAGCGAGGACGGGUCUCAGUUGUGGGCGGUCGGCAAAUCCAAGGCGAUCUAUACGGUUGACACCGCUCUGGGAGAGGUCAGCGAGACUCGCAAGGCGGCGCACGACGUAGCUAUCAAUCGUGUGAAGCGCGUUAUGCCGAAUAUGCUUGCGACGGGAGAUGACGACGGUGUGGUGAAGCUCUGGGAUCCCAGAAAAGCUGACGUCAUACGGACGUACACCCACCACUUUGAUUUCAUCUCCGACUUCCUGUGGCUAGAGGACAAGAAGCACCUCGUCUGCACCAGGUCAGUAUCCUGGCUUCUCGGUCAUUCCGAGCUUUCAGCUGACAUAUCCGUCAGCGGAGACGGUACACUAUCAGUGAUUGAUGUCCGGGCGAAGAAGGCUGAGCCGUUUGCACGGUCCGAAGACCAGGAGGACGAGCUGCUGUCCGUGGUGGCCAUCAAAGGAGGCCAGAAACUCGUGAUCGGUACCCAGCUCGGCAUCCUGUCCGUCUUCAACCGCCGCAGCGGCUACGGCGACUGCGUCGACCGCAUCCCUGGACACCCGCACUCCAUCGACGCCCUUUGCAACAUCCCCUCACACUACCCAGACGCCCAGUCGACGGUUCUCACCGGCUCCUCCGACGGCUUCCUGCGCGCGGUGCAGAUAUUGCCGACGAAGUUGCUUGGGGUCGUAGCGGAUCACGGGACCUUCCCCGUCGAGCGAAUAGCCGUCGACCGCCGUGGCGAGGGAAGAUGGAUCGCGAGUUCGGGGCAUGAUGAGGUCUUGAAGUUGACGGACUUGAGGGAGGUGUUUGAGGACGAUGGCGACGAGGAAGAUAAUGAAGGUGAAGGUGGAGAAGAUGGCGAGGAAGAUGGCGAGGUCGAGGCGCAAAGUAAUGACGCUGAGGAAGAAGAAGAGGCAGAGACGCAAGGAGAGAAGGGAAAGAAGGUUUCGGACAGUGAGGAAGAACCGGAAGCAGGUUUGCAGGUGGCGGAGGACUCUAGUGACGACGAGGCUUUCAAGGAGAAGAAGAGGAAGAGGAAGAAGGAGAAGGACCCGUUUCGAGCAGCGAAGAAAACAAAGGGCAAGAACGAAAUUGAAGCCGACGCUUCAUUUUUUGCUGACCUGUAA